AUGUCGGGCUGGACCACGAUCUGGACGCUGAUCGCGGUCUUUGGGGCCAUCAGCGGCGUAUGGAUCACCACGCCCAAGGGGCCGAACCAGGUGAUGAUCCGGACAUCGGUCGCCCUGGCACUCACCUGCAUGUACCUGAUGUGGUUCAUCGUCUACAUGGCGCAGCUCCAUCCCGUCAUCAAGCCAAAGCGGGGCAACCUGCGCUUCCUCGAGGAAUGA